AUGCCCACGCUUCCGCCACUUUCACACGCCUAUGACCUUGUUGCCCGCAAUAGCACCGCUGACGUUGUGCUGCCAGCACUUGCAGCUGCAGUAAACACCCCCGCCAAGGUGGUGUGUUCAUGGCCCGUCUCUGGUCAAUAUGGACCUGGUAGUAGAGUCUUAUACUAUGUUCUUGUUGCAGCUUGUGUGCUUGCUAGGAAGACGGAAUGGCUUCGAAAUGCUUGCUUGGCCGCAGCUUUGAUCUUCCCCGCCGUUGCUGCAGUCCACGGAGUAGCUUUGGCGGCAUUGCAUGUUCCCAACGCCGUUGAUAUGGACAUAUAUGGCGCUUUCCAGCUCUGCUCUAUUGGCAUUCUAACAGCCCCCAUCACGGUUAGACUGUCAACUACAUAUUUCAACAACCCUGGUCGGAAUACCAUAUUCCUUUGGGCAGGCAUCAUCCUCGUUGGCCUGUUGGCUUUGACUGUUGAGUUCUUCCGGACCGAGGCGGUGCCGUGUGAUACCGACGAGUCACUUUUUAUUUACGGCGAAAGUUUAUGCGGUUUGGUAUGCUCUAUUGAAGACGGGCCCUUUUCACCGAUGCGACAAGGUUCGGCAGACGAGAUAUAUGUUAUUCCCGAGCCUUUCAUCAUGACGUUUGGCACCGCCACGCUAUUCUGCGCCGCCUGUUGCAUUCCUGCCAUCCUUUCGAUGGUGUCGAUGUGGGACAAGAUACUUAAAGUGAACUGGCAAGAGCGAUUUGGAGAGACAUAUCUGGAUCAGCCAGAAACGGGAACCAACGGCGCUACCCCUGAGAGGAUGAAUAAGGUCAACAAUAUCAUCAGGGGGUUUCUAAGCGUCGUGGAAAUUCCGCCUUUGCUGCCUGUGGUUCGCUUUAUAUGCUACUGGCAGAAGACAUGGUUGCUGCAGCGAGCCCUACCCCAGCUCACUGCAACUGCUCGCACCAUCAUGACGAGUUUGAUGCACAAACCGGACUUGGCAUCAGCCAUUCGGGACCCAGGCGUAUCAGCGAAGACAAAUCGGACGGACCCCGUCGUCCCGAUGCGGGCCGGAGCAAGAUAG